AUGUUUAUGCCUCUGAUGUUUGUACUCUCUUUGUCUGCUAAUGAAAAUACUUUACCUCAGCAUGUAAACUCUGGCACUUAUAACGAAUCUAGACCCCUUCUAAGUGGAAGCGAUGAUCUUGUUUUCAGUUACUUAAAAGGAAAACGCCGAAGUCUCUACUCAGCCUUAUCUUACCUCAGAGAUCAAUUACCUGAGUUCCAGUCAAAAAAGCUUUAUUAA